UUAGCCUAUGGAGUAAAAUAGAAGUUAAUUUAGGUUAUAUUUUGAGGUUAGGUAUAGUUACACUGGCAAUUGCUGCUAAACAACUGAAUAUUAUGAUGAAACUAGUCAUUUUGAUGACUUUCAAAUGAGAAAUGAUGAAUAUUUAUGCUCACCUGCGUUUUUAUAACAAUUUUAAGCCGAUCACGUGAUAUGAGUCAUGAACACAAUGAAUAUAAACAAGUUGAAGUGUUGUGACAACUUUGGGAGGUCGUCCAUUAUUAAUAGACAAAAUCACAAUGGUUGCUGGAAGUAGAGCGGCAGGAUAACGAAUUGAUUAAGUGGAUCGAUGAGUUUUUGGAAUCGGAGGAAUAUGCGGAGAUUUUAAGAGAACGCGUUGAUCUUCAGCCGAAAAGUGAGAGUUUUUAUUGGAAAAAUGAACGGAUGAGUGUGGAGAAUGAUGAGAAGGACAGGAUACGGCCUGAUUAUUUAAAACAUGGGGAUUUGGUUUUGUUGGAAGAGAAAAUUAAGGAGAGUUUGACGCGGUUGAUGAUUCAGAAUACUGUGGAGAAUCAACGUAGGGGGAUUGAAAUUAUUAGGAUGAAAAUUUUGGAAGCUAAAUUAGAACAUGAUGAAAACACAUUAACUAACGCUGAGAAAAUGUAUCAAAACAAAGCAAAAGCAUUGUCUAUGCUACGAAAAGAUUACCGGAUGUCAAUACACGAAGAAGAUUUAACAGAAAAAGUCGUUGAAAAGAUUUUAAAAGUAAAAAACGCACAAAGAAACAAUGUAAAAAAUGUAAACAGAAAUCGUGUACAUGUGGUUGCCAAUAUACUACGUGAUAUGAGAAGAGACAAGAAAGAAAAGAAGCAGAAAAGUAUUAAAACACAAAAAAGCAGAAAAAUACAAAGUUUUGAAGAUGAUGACUCUACUUACAAAGAAGAAGCAGACGAAGACGAAGGAGAAGGAGAAGGAGAAGAAGAAUCAAUAUCAUCAUUAAAAAAUUCUGAUUUUGAAGAAGAAUCAUAUAAAUCAAUAGAAAAUGUAGAAUCAAAGAAGAAAAUAGUAGAAAAUAAGAAAAAGAAGAAAACACCUUCGAACUUAUCGAUUAAAAAUACAAAAAACACUAAAAAACAAAAAGAAUCUCCAAAACAAGACAAAAAAACUGUAAAAACAAGUAAAACAAGCAAAAUCUCAAAGAAAACCGAAAAAACUCCUGAAGACAUAAUUCCUCCCCAAAUCCCCAACCCAAACCCCCGCAAAAAAGUCCUCCCUGAAUACGCAAUGACAGACCUCUUAGAAAACAUAACCAAACUUUACGACUACCUCAAAGAAAAAGAAAGCUACGAAAUCCAAGACGGCUUAACCCAAGACAUCCUCCUACCCUUAGACGAAGGUUUCUUCAGUCGUCCCAACAAAAUAAUCUUUAAAGACUACGAACCUGGCAAAAAAUACAAAAAAAUCAUCUCGAUAGUAAACGGAAAUCGCAAUCCGAAAAAAAUCCGCCUUGAUCGCAUCAUUUGGAACGCAAACAUCGAAGAAGACCAACUAUUGGAAGUGGAAUCAAUGGGCAUCCGGCGAGUCCUGCCCGGAAUGAGUUUUAAAGCGUGUUUGCGCUUCGCCCCCGAAGUCCUCAACAAAACCGCAGACGGGAAAAUAAUCUUCGUCACGAAUAAGCUGCGCAGCGAUCGGUCACGACAAUUCGUCCUCAAUGUGGUUUGUGUGCCGUUGUGUGCGGCGGUUUUGAUCUCGCCGACGGUGGUGUCCUUUGAGGAAAUGCCAAUAUGGCGGGCGCAGUCAUUAAUGAAACAAGGAAGAAAUUACAAAACAAUUACAAUCAGUAAUUCUGGAUUAAAGGAAUGUAAAGUUGUCGUAACGAAAAUAUUCAACCACCAAACAAUGGAACAAGAGUGGAAAAAGAUUAUUAGUAUCAUUAGAAUUGAUGAUAUCACUUCGGAUAGUGACAGGAAGCAGUUAUCAUCUUCUAAUUUAGAGGAUCCAAAGGCCGCGGAUCCGUUUCCAAGGAAUUUAGUACAACAAUGCGUUGAAAGUGUGUUUAACGUCUUCAAAUUCGAUCGGAACGUGUUCAAUGUCCAACCAAAGACAACUGUGGUGAUUAAAUGUUGGUUGAAGGAUCUAUCCGAGGCAGGAUAUCAAGUUGAAUCGUAUAAUUUCAGUAUUUAUGAACGGUUUUUAGAUGGACAGUUAUAUUGUAUCGGAACACAGGAUGUUAUUGUAAAUUCCGAAACAACUUCGCAUUUUCUCACUUCUAAUGUAGAAAUAUUAGAUUUUGAAGUGUGUGUUUAUGGUUCUGCCUAUCAACUGGACUUUGAUCUGACAAAUCCUUGUAAAUUAGCGCAUCACAUCCGGAUAUGCUUCCCUUCUCGCAUGAAACAAUAUUUACAAGCAAAUCCGGCAGUUACCACCAUUCUACCCAAUCAAACGAUUAAAAUUUGUAUUAAAUUUUUACCCAUUGAAGGUAUUUUACUUGAUAACAAGUUUUACGAUGCGGAAGUUUGUCUGUUGGAGUUUCCGGUUUAUGUGACAGUACAAACGCGAGGUUAUGAAGACACGCCGCCAUUACGCGUGGAUGUUUUUGCUGCUGUUACCGAAUCACAAGGCGUUGUGAUUGAUUUUGGUGAUAAAAUUGUUUCAAGUUAUGAAAAUGGCGUCGAAUUUUAUGAUUUAGGAAGUUGCACCACUGUGGAAAGUGUUUAUUUUGAUCUAAUUGUUCAUAACAAUUCAUUGGUGCCACAACAGUUUGGAUUUUUAAGUUUACCACAUUAUGUGACAAUUACACCUAAUUAUGGUUUUGGACAAUUGAAACCUAAGCAAAAAGCAAGUGUACGUGUGAUUAUCUCACCGUCGAGACAAGAUAUCAUGAACAAUGAUGGUUGCCUAAAGUUUCAAGUAGUUUUAAGCACGAUUAAACACUGUGGAGCGCUUAAAAAGAAAAGAAAUGAUAAAGAUCUAGAGAAGAAACUUAAAGAAAUGGAAGAUUUUGUAUGUAAAUCACGUGGUAGUAACAGUUCAAAGCUAAAAGAAGACAUAAAAGAACUAAAACAAGCUGUCAAAAAGAAAACACUCAGUAUAUCAACACCGUCAAAGUCCUCAGCGUCUGUAGACAGGUUUAUACAAGCACUUGACGAUGAUGAACUGUUGAUAAACCUCGUAAAAUACGACAUAGAAGAAGAAAAAGAAGUUUCAUCUAAUAACGAAGCGCCAUCUUCCGUUUCGCAGCUGACUUCACCCAUAACCACGUUUAAUUUUCGUGUUUGCGUUGUGGAUGUCGCUGUGGAGCUGUCACACCAGAUUUUGAACUUCCCGGACACUCCUUGCGGCUCAUAUUCAAGCAUGACUCUUGAUAUUAUCACGCAUAAAUCAAUGAAUAUGAAAUAUCAAGUGUUUUUCGAGAUUUCCAGUUGUAAUCCUGAUUGUAAAGAAAUUGAAGUGCAGCCAUCUAUCGGUAAAUUACCGAGUAAUAAAAAGAAAACAAUUUGGGUUACGGUAAAACCAAAUAUACCACAAAAAGUCAUCGAGGAACGUGCUAAAGUGUUAAAAAAAGCAGAAAAUGAUAAAAAUUUUGAAGAAAAUGAUAUUGCAGGAUAUAAAAAACAGUCAAAAGUAAAAUUUGGUAGAAAAGAUAGUAGUAAAGCAUCUAGUAAACCCGUAAAACAACAAAAAACUCGAAUUAAAGAAGAUAUUAGUACAGUGGUGGAUUUAGAUGAUUAUUAUCAAACGGAAAUGAACAUAUGGCGGACAUUAGAACCAUAUUACCUUGAAGGAUUGUUUACUUGUCGAAUUACUUAUGUACCUAUCAAUAAUGCAAUAGCCCGUCAACCGGAAGAAAUACAGUUUAAAGUCACCUGUACAGUGGUAGCACCCAAUUUUAUACAUGAUCAACAAUAUCAAGUGAUUGAUUUUGGUUGUGUGCCUGUUGGUUUGAACAUAACCAAAACUAUCAACUUCCAAAACAUUCAAAGGAGGAAUAUAAGUAUUGUUGUGUCAGAUACAAAUCCACUUGGGCCUUUUUCUUCGACAGCUGUGACAAAUUAUGAAAUUCCACCGGAAUAUAUUUAUUCUUUUCCGUUGAAAUUCACACCUACAGAAGAUUCAUCUGUUAUGGAGUUUUUGGAUGUUACAAGUGAUAGUACGUCAUAUCCGUUUAUUUUACGUGGAAUAGGCAUCAAACCAAGAUUAAUUUUCACUCCGGAGUUUAACGUUUGUCGUUUAACAGCUCAAAAAGGAAAUUAUCAGGAUUGUGUCUUUGAAGUUAAAAAUGAUAGUGAUAUAACACUUAACCUCUAUUUACAAAAAGUAUGUGAAUUGGAAGGUACUAUCACACAACCUGAAGUUCAGGAUAAUAAAAAGCUUAAAAAGUCAAAUUCGCCGCAGAAGAAAGCAAAGUUUUCUUUUGAUUUAUAUGAUGAAGAGAUUUAUGCACUGAAGAAUACAUUCAAACUACGAGAAUCCACAUCAUCGACGUUGUUUCAUGUGAUUUGUAAUUCUGAAUUGGUAGAUACGUUCAUAAUCGAAGCGCAGUCAAAAUGCAGUGUGAAAAUACGUUUUGGGGUUAUGUCAGCGCCAACGAAAGAAUCAAAAAAGAAAAAAGGUAAAGAUAAAGAAAAAGCUUCAAAAUCAACAGUGGAUAAUGGAAAAUACUUUAUUGUAAAAUAUAAUAUGUUCAUAGGACUAAAUUACAUCAAAGAUUUUGUUAUUAUUAGCAAUAUUACAUGAUAAAAUUAAAGUACACAUAAAUGUU